GGUACAUAAAUAUUAUUUGACAGGUUAUUAAUUCGUUUUUUGAGUAUUUAUAUUCGAGAAGAACCUUUCCAUUCCUCAGAGUAACGUUCGACACUGCACGUCAAAUAGACAACAUCCUUUCCCAAUUUACCCGAUCGAGAAAAACUAUUCAAACAUGUGGAUUGUUGUAUCUUUGGCAAUAUCGAUAAUCGCUACUGCUUCGGGAUAUGUGGAAACACAGCCCUACUGGGGUUAUCAGGGUUAUCCUGGCAACCCCUCCUACAACACCUGGAGUGCUCCAACUGGGAAUCAAGGGAACGGCUUGCUACAAAUGGUUUCCAGACUGUGUCCUAACUGCCUACAGUCGGGUGGAAUAGAUGAGGUCUCCGGGAUUCCAGGUUUAAGAAAUGCCAUUGAAUAUUCAUAUUUCAACACGAUAAAGCCAUCCAUGAACGAAAUGUUUUCCAACUUUGGAAUCGACAGAGGAGCCACGUACAGAUACGCUGACAGUCUGUGUAAUAAGAAUUCACAAAUUAUAUCACUCUUACCCGGCAAUGACGUGGUGGAUAUGCUUUGUUCUGAUAUUCAUCAGACGGUGCAGCAGGAAAAUUUGUAAACCUACUAUAUUGGUGUUUGAUUGUUUUUGGAUUUCGCAAAUUAUAUAUUUCUAAAUGAUUUACUCGUAUAUAAUUCAAACAUUA